GUGGCUGGCUGACAUGGAGCUAGUAGCCGUGUUAGCCCUUUUUGGUCUCCUGGGCUCGGCGGAAGCCGACCUGCAGGUCAACUCGCCCUUCGAGGGUCUGCUCCAGUUAGCCAAGGCGGACAAUGUGUCUUCCCUCUGCCAAAGGCACCUCAACUUCAUCGAUGAGUCCAUUGAGAAUAAGGACAUGUGGGCACUCAAAAUGUUUGAUUCAAGCGGCCAACCAACCCCUGGUUUUAUAUUUGGAAAUAACUUCUGGCUUGGGUCGCUAACGCAGUGCGAAGACAUCAACUUGAAACCUCAAAACGGCAUGACGAGUCCUCUCCAGUCACAUUACAUUGUCGCCUAUUUCAGACACAAUGCAACAAUUCAAGAACUCACAGGAUUACAAAAUGAGGAUUUAGUUACUCUCGGGCUGUGUUUGCCGCGGUCCUGUGACCCCGUCGCCGUGCAUGCAAUGCUUUCCACUCUUUUUGGGGAUGGAGCGCGCCCGCUUCCUUUAAUGCGCACCAUGGACGUCAGUUUGCGAUUGACAAAAGUUCGAGGAGUCGAGGACAACAGCGAUUGGCUACUUUCCUUCAAAUUCAUCACCGUUAUGUCGCUCCUAGGGCUGGCCUUGGCUUUGUGCAUUGCAGGAUGGAUCUAUGACCAGAGCGUCUGGCAACCUUUGCAAAUGGAGCGGAAACUGCUCGCCAACAAGAAGGCAAACAACAAUGAAGGCGUCGAACAAUUCCACCUUCUGGUCGAGGAGAACCAAGCCUGCAAAUUGACUUCAAGUGAAAGUCGAGCUCUGCACUACAAGCAAUCCUGGGUCGGCAAAGUGCUCAUGUGCUUCUCUGUUUCGGCAAAUACUAAAAUCCUGAUGGAGCCUAGAUUGAGUUCCGAUUCCAUCAAAUGCAUCCACGGCCUGAGAUUUUUGGGCAUGGGGUGGAUCAUUAUGGUGCACACCAUUUUUUACCUGGCCGAUUACGCAGAUAAUCGAGUUCAGGCCUUCCGAAUGGCCGAGGGAUUUGCAGUGCAGGUCGUUGCAAAUUCUACUCUCUCCGUCGACACAUUUUUCUUCAUAAGUGGCUUCUUGGUUGCGUACUUGUACUACAAAGGCGAGAAAAAAUGCAAGGCGCAAGAAAAAUCAAUGCCUCCCUCAGCAAAGUUUAUUUUGAACACUAAACGCUUUUUCCUCAUGGUGGCUAAAAGAUUUAUCAGGUUAACACCCGUUUAUAUGAUGAUGGUUGGUAUUUUGGACGUCAAUCAAACAAAAUAUUCGCGCACGUCCGUUUUCCACACAACUGAAAAUGCACAUGAAACUUGCAGCAAGUACUGGUGGCGAAACUUGCUUUACAUCAACAACCUUUUCUCCAGAGAUGAGAUGUGCAUGACCUGGAGCUGGUAUAUCGCCAAUGACAUGCAGUUUUUCGUGAUCGCGAGUUUUCUCCUUUUGCUCUCGACAAGUUAUCGACGAAUUGCUUUCUCUGUCGGAACUUUACUCACUGUGGCUUCAUGUGCAAUCACUGCUUACAUAUCGUGGUCAUAUAACUACGUUCCAACCUUAAGUCAACAGUACAACAUGCUGAAUGUCCUUUACGAUCCGCCCUGGACCAGAAUUGGGCCGUACAUGAUCGGAAUGCUCACUGGUUAUUACGUGAAUAAAAUAAACGGACGCCUUUCCCUCAAGACAUGGCAAGUGGCUUGCUGUUGGUUUUUGGGCUCAAUGUGCAACGUAGUCGUCUUGUUUGGUCUCACCAAGAGAGAAAUUUCGCCUGAGCUCGGAGCCCUUUAUGUGGGUCUCAGCAGGACUGUUUGGGGAGUUGGUCUUGCUUGGAUUGUGGUCGCCUGUGUCACAAAGCAUGGAGGAAUUGUAGCGCAGGUUCUUGAGUUCCCUGGGUGGGUGCCCAUGUCAAGACUGACCUACUGCGCCUACCUUCUCAAUCCCUUCCUCAUGAACUCUGCCUCUUUAGGCUCUGAGAAAGCUUAUCACGUGGAUUUCUUGCCACUUGCAACCGAUUUCUUUGGGAACAUGGGAAUGUGUUAUUUCUGCGCUUAUGUGCUCACACUUCUCUUUGAGUCACCGAACGUGCUUCUCAUGAGACUAGCCACCGAGAGGAAUCCUCGCCUAGAGAAGUAAACCCUGUAUAUGAUUUCAGCCGAUCAUUAUUUUAUAAUAAUUAUCAAGCAUUUAUGAAUAAAUUUAUUAUAGGAUGUCAUAAUUUAUACUUGCGCGUUAGAAAUAAAACUGAUAGAAAAUU